CAUGUGUUUCACGCUAUUGGAAAUAGUUUAUCGCUAUAUUGGAGAAAAUAGUCAACUUGUAUAUGAAAAGUACAAAGAUAAAAAGUUUAGAAUGCCUAAUCUAAUGGCCGAGAGAAUAUUACAAAUGAUAAAUUCAUGUCAAAUUGGCGUGGAUAUGAGCGGACUAAGACUCUUUCAUCUGCUACAAUCGUCAAUUGACAGUAUAAAAAUCAAUGGAAGGAGAAUAGAUAAUCCCGAAGUCUUAUCAGUUUUUAAAAAUUUGCCAUUAAAAACAUUUCAUAUUCAUUGUAUGGUUAAUGUGGCUUUAACUGAUUGGAUUGAUAAUAUUAAAGACGCACCAAUAACGGAUUUAUCUAUAAAUGGCUGCCUUCUUAGUUAUGGCGAAUGUCAAAGAGAAUCAAGAGGGCCUUCUAUAGCUAUUAAAAGAUUAUGCCAUAUUAAAACUAUAAUCUGUUUAGAUGUAAGUUUUACAAAAUUCAACAGCGAAUGUUUCCAGUACGUUUGUUCUUCUCUUCCAAACCUGGAAGAAUUUAAUAUCGUAGCUACCGACGUUCAAAAUAUAACCUCGAUAGUUAAACUAAGAAAUCUUCGAAUAUUUACUACCUACUUAAUAAACACACUAUCAGAAUCUGGUCAAUACAACUUGUUAAGAGAAUUACCGAAUCUAGAAGGUAUUUAUAUCAAAUCGAAAGGUUACGCUGGAGAUAUAAAACCAAAAUCUUGGUUAUACGAGUUAAUGAAUGAAAAAAUAUGGGUGAAUUUAAAGUAUUUUUCAAUUGAAGGUGUAUUUCUAAUGUACGAAUCUACUGUAAGACGAUUCUUAGACAAUCAUCCUAAGCUGGAGUAUGUAUUCUUGGGAAUAUACGCAUCACAUUACAAUAUUUCCUAUUCAUCCUACUAUUGUCAUCUAUCUCCGAUAGUUUAUCCAAAAGAUAUCUUUACAUGCAUUAUAGAGAAUGAAGAGAUGCUUUAUUAUUUGACUAGUACAAUUAGAGAUAAUGACGAUGAAGUUAUGAUUAAUCUUUUGGAAAAUAUUGAUAAGGAUAACCUAUGGAAGAUUGUCAACAGAGACAUUGUAAUUCAUAGUUUGAUGAAAAUAGCUAAACUGGAAAAGCUUAAACUAUACGGUUAUAGACUCUUAUUACAGCUUGUUGGCGGUAUUCGUCCAGGAGAAAAGAUUAAUAGAGAUUUACUUGAGGAAUCGUAUAGAUGCUUACUGGAAACGUUGGAGAAGAAUUCGGAAGAAGCUCGAUUGAACGAAUUAAGGAAUAAAUUUGAGAGAAUCCUCUGA